ACCACCAACAACAACAACAACAAGGACAGUAACAACCAAACUCGUUUCAUGAUUGGUCAAUUUGAGAAUAAAUAAAAAAAUUUACGAACCAUUGAUUAGAACCAAUACCAAUUGGGGUGUUUUGUUUUGUUCUUCUUUCUAAAGAAGAUCUACUAUGAAUUAGUAGUAUCACUUGUUUUAUAUUCAAUAGUCAAUAGUUCAUAUUUAUUUAUUUUUUUUUAAAAUUUUCAUUUAUUCAUUUAACUAAACCGAUAUACAUAGCAACAAUCAAAUCAUAGUAAACAUUAAUAUUGACUUGGUUAUAUACUACUGAAAUACAAAAUUGGUGAUCAUUUUGAAAUCAUCUCAAAUACAAACAUAUUUUGAAGUAAUUCACUUAUAAAUUGGAUGAUCAAAUAUGCCAUCGCCUACAACACAAACAACCAAUAUCAAUAAUGGUUCAAAUUGUGAUGAUCUAUUGAAUAAUGGUAAUCAUAUUGAAUUAUUGAAAAAACAUUUGCCUCAUGUGGAUUUUGAAACUGGUUUAAAACAUCGCACAGUUCAAAGAGAUCCAAUCACCGGUCUUGGAACAUUACCAAAAGAACAUGUUGAACUUGGACGUACAAGAAAUGCUUCAACUGGUAGACCGGCUUUCAAUACAACCUUAAUAGCAUGGGAUGUUGAUAAUGCCACAGUAUGUAAGAAUAAUGGACAUACAAUUAAGAAAAGUAAACAGCCAACACGUAAUCCAAUUGCAUUAACUGGUGAUCUUGGUGAUGAAGUCGAUGGAUUACGUACAACUAAUGGUUCACGAAGUGGAACUCCUAGAGAACCACAACGUGAUCCUAUUUCUGGAAGAGGAAAUUUCGGUGAUCGUGAAUGGGAUCCAAUUGGUAGAUAUAAUGGAAAAACUAGACGAGCAAAAAGUUCUACUGGUAUUAGAACUAAUCCAUUAACUGGUGAAAAUAUGAAAACUUUUACUGUUAUGACAGAGGAAAGAUGUACGAAUAGAGAAAAUGGUGUAUGCAAACGAAAUGUUUCCACAAAGAAUAUUUUCACGGGAGAAAAUUGUGAAAAUUAUACAGUUUCACCUGAAUUAAAAUCUCCAAUUAAACGUGUACAACGAGAACCUUCACGUAAUGCUAUAACUGGUGAAAAUUGUACAACAUAUGAUUAUAAUUCUGAAGUGAAAAUAUCAAAAAAGCGUACACCAAUUAAAAGUUCAAAUCCAUUAAAUGGUGAAAAUGUUAACGCUUUCAUGGUAUCACAAGAAGAGAGACCACGUACAGCUAAACCUUAUGUAUACAGGAAUACAGUAACUGGUGAAAAUCUUCAAAGUUAUAAAAUAACCCCAAUUGAAAGAAAUGUUACACCUAGAGUGGUUAAAGAUCGACAAAAUCCUUUAAGUGGAGAGAAUGUUGAAAGUUAUACUUAUCGUUUAGGGGAAUCUAAAAGAACAGUCAAGAAAAGAGAUCUUAGUUCACCAUUAACUGGAGAUGGUUCACGUGGUCGUUCUUAUAUUGUAUCCAUUGAAGAGAAACAUUUAUCACAACCAAAUUUAAAUAUAAAUGAAAAUGAUUCAACGAAUCGUAUAGUAUCCUCAAAAACUUUACGUAAUAUAUUAACAGGUGAAAAUUGUAUUACUUAUAAUGUAUGUCAAGAGAUGAGAAGUGAAAAGAUUGACAAUACAACGGCUAUCAUGAAUGAGAAUUCAUAUAAACAUGGACUUCAAUUGAUCAAUCUCUUGUUGGCAUAUAUGCAUCCUUUGAGGACUGACUCAAUAUUGCAGGGUAAUCCAGUCUGAAGCACGUUUCGUCCUAUUUGGGAUUCGUCAUCUGGAUGUACCUGCGUCUCAGAGUUGAUGUUCACGCUGGGACUGGAAUGCAGUACCUUUCACUUCAAACGUCAUCGCGUUAUCCAUUCAUCUGCUGAAUCCUGAUAUCCACCUGCUUGUGCAACGGGCUUCCUAUAAUAUUAUAACUGGUAGUUAAAAUGAAUGAACAAAGAAAGAAAUGGAAACCUUCGACAACACUAUGGUUAUAGUUCAAUGAAUGUCUAGUUAGCUGAAUAUAAAGAAAAAUAGACCAUAGACUGUAUUCAAUACAAUCAAAUUCCUUUUUUUCUAUCUCAAUUACAUAUACUACUAUUAUGACUACUCAUAAACUACUCAUAAACUAAGCAAUGUAUGCUAAUGCAUUUUGUUUGGAACUAAAUCUAUACUUUAAUGCUUAGUUAGCUAAUACAGUUUUUUUUUAAUGCUUAUCAUAUUAUAAACAUUGAAUCAGUCGAUUAUAUUACAUUUAAGUAAUAUAUAUUCAUCCGUUGUAUUAUGUCAUCACUAUUGCCUUCUGCUUUAUCAUCUACAUCCUCAUCAUCACCAUCGUCAUGGUCAUUAUCUUCAUCAAAUCAUUCAUCUAUGGUCGUUGACCACAUCUCCUUCAUUCAAUGGUGCAUCAUGAUCAGCAUUUUGUAUUCCAGCCUCUCAAUCCUCCUUUCCCACUCUCGCUCCCCUUUCCUUUUUAAUGUAUCUUCUUUAUUUUAUACUUUAUCUAAUCUACUUGAUUGAACAAUCUUCCAUUAUGUCUCUAUUACUCUAUUGUAUUACUCUAUACAAGUUGAUUAUAUAUAUAUAGUUUGCUUUCAAUGCUUUUAUACCUGAAUAUAUUGACUGAUCAUAUGUGAUUAUAUCAUCCUAUGUGCUUUAAUGAAUAAUGAAAGAAGAAGUUGAAGAUUAUGUAAUCUGACAUUUUAUGACAUAAUAGUGAAUGUUAUGUAAUGGA